AUGGGAGAAUUGGACGAGUUCAAGGUCACUGCCAACGCUGCAUGGAAAGAUAUGACCGAAACGACCCGUGCAGAAUCGGUUCGCGAAGUCCGCGACGUCCUCAUUCGGGUGAAAAAACAAGCAGGUGGCUCGUGCAACUGUGCUGCAGGACCGAACGACUGUCCUCCAGGACCACCAGGACCACCGGGAGAGAGUGGAGCCCCAGGUGAGGAUGGCCCUCCAGGAGAGAAUGGAAGAGACGGAAACCCCGGCACAGGAACGUCAACAGGAGGCACAAAUGGAUGUGUGCAAUGUCCAGUAGGACCACCUGGACCGCCAGGACCCGAUGGCAAGCAGGACCCGCAGGACCAGACGGACAGCCCGGUCAGCCUGGUGCACCUGGAAGCGGCAGUGGUCCACCAGGACCACCUGGACCACCUGGAGACGCAGGACAGCCAGGACAAGAUGGCGCUCCCAGGAGAGCCUGGUGCUCCAGGUCAGAAUGGACAAAGAGGAAGCUCAAACCCAGGAGUAGCAGGUCCACCAGGGCCACCCGGUCUGCCUGGGCAACCAGGACCGGAUGGACAGUCAGCUCAGCCUGGCCAGCCAGGACUGCCAGGACCCCCAGGACCAGCUGGUAACAACGGUCAACCUGGUGCCGAUGGUAUCCCUGGUGCUCCAGGACCAGAUGGAGACACCGGAGGCGAUGCCGAGUACUGCCCAUGCCCACCACGUAACAGUAAUGCUCCCGUGAAUAGGGAAGGUGAGACCCAAGACGGAUAUGACAGUGUUCCAAGCGGUAAUGGAAAUGAGCCAGGAGGUCCAGGAGGACCUGGCAUACUGCCACCUGGCAGUAAUGUCCCCGAAGGAUUCGAACUUGUCGAGGUGGAUGAUUCAAACAGCGAUGAGCAUGACGCAUCUAUGGAUGUGAAAGGUAAUGAUGGCCCUUCUGGAUACAGCAUCCGUCGUGGUGUCUCCAAACGUUUGAAGAAGAUUCGAGUCUCCAAGGCAGCGGCGUAA